AUGUCUGCCUUUUCUCGCCUCUUCGCCUUCGCCCUUUUGUUCAUCUCGCUUCUCCUCGCCGAGAAUACUGUCAACGCUCUCCCUCUCGAUGGUCGCUCUCCACACGACGUCGCCAGUGGCGCGUCUGGUCCUUCUCGCGGAGGUGAUGUAGUACAGGCCCCCAAUUCUAACGAAAACUGCGCCAAUGGCGUCUGUGGACUUGAAACUACCCCACUCCUCGCAAUCCUUUCGCAUAACGGUGGUGAUGCUGGAUCCAGCAAGUCUGGCUACGUCUCUGGCUCCCGUGCUACUACCAAGCAGUGCAAACGAACCGAUGGCGCCGCCAAUGAUUUCUCUGGAGCAUCCGGAGACGCUUCUGGAGGAUCGACAACUAAUGGCGACGGGAUGAUUGAAAUGAUGUCUGACAACGGCGGCGCGGGUAGUAAUUCAGCGUCGGGCGAUUCGAACAACGGCUGCUCAUAA